AUGGAAUCGCAAGAAGAUGGCGGACCCGAGCCCAUUGUUUGGAAACGAAUAUCGUCUGCAGUUGAAUCCGAUUCAGGACGUUUGGAAGCUAGCGAGUCGCUUCCAAACGAAACGGAAACCUCCACUGAUGGUGAAUCCGAUCCCAAACGUUUGAAAACUGACGAAUCCUCGAUUCCAAAAGAAAGCACAACGAAUGGAGAGGCCGUGCCAGUUUCCGAAGCAGCGAAGCGCCAAAACAUGAUCGAAACCGAACUGAAUGGCAUGAUCAAAGAAAUGAUGGACUCGGAAGAUUUCCAAGAGGAAGACGAAAUGGAACCCGAAUCGUAUGAGGCAAUCAUGAAAGCAGCCAAGGAAAUCUGCUACACGCGUAAGAUCUACGAUGUUUCUGCCGACAAAAUCGUCUUCUUUCCAAGCAUAACCAAAACGAUUGUCAACAUGGAUCUGUUUGAGAAAGCGGAGGAGUACUAUUAUGAUGAAGGUGACGAAUUUCCAAUGGAGUACUCGAUGGGUCUUAGGAACAUCGCUUUUGAAAAGCUCGAAGCGGAAGGGGAGGAUGAUGACGACGAGGAAAUGGACGAUGACAUGAUGGAGCGGCUAUCAAUGGCUGUGCAGCUGACGGAAGAUGAUAAGGACGAACUCCAGGAAGCGAUUGCUGCUGCCGAGGCAGCAGAUAAAGACGAGGCAGACCAAGAUGGUGCAAUGGAUCCGGUCACUGAAGCAGCAGAUGAAGAAGAGGCAGAAGGAGAAAUGGGUAGUAAGGAAGAUUCUGCAAUGAAUACUGUCACCGAAAUCACAGAUCAAGAAAAGGAGGACAGAUACACGGACGAGAAAGAUGAUUCUGUUAUGGAUCUGGUAAACGAAGUAACAGAUCAAGACGAGGCAAACCAAGACACCGGCGAAAAGGAAGAUGCUACAAAUGACCCGAUCAUCGAAAUAUCACAUCGAAACGAACAAGAUAUGGGGCAGUCGGAAGACUCUGGAAUGGAUCCGGUCAACGAAGUUACAGAUCAAGAAGACGUAGACCAAGAAACCGACGAGAAGGAAGUUUCUGCAGCAGACCCGAUUGGCCCUCAAGUGGAAAGUUUUUCUGCGAGUCCAACCGAAACUACAACCUCUGCUACUGUCUCGACGGGAGAAGCCGUACCAGUUUCCGAAGCAACGAAGCGCCAAAACAUGAUCGAAACCGAACUGAACGGCAUGAUCAAAGAAAUGAUGGACUCGGAAGAUUUCCAAGAGGAAGACGAAAUGGAACCCGAAUCGUAUGAGGCAAUCAUGAAAGCAGCCAAGGAAAUCUGCUACACGCGUAAGAUCUACGAUGUUUCUGCCGACAAAAUCGUCUUCUUUCCAAGCAUAACCAAAACGAUUGUCAACAUGGAUCUGUUCGAGAAAGCGGAGGAGUACUAUUAUGAUGAAGGUGACGAAUUUCCAAUGGAGUACUCGAUGGGUCUUAGGAACGUCGCUUUUGAAAAGCUCGAAGCGGAAGGGGAGGAUGAUGACGAUGAGGAAAUGGACGAUGACAUGAUGGAGCGUCUGUCAAUGGCUGUGCAACUGACGGAAGAUGAUAAGGACGAACUCCAGGAAGCGAUUGCUGCUGCCGAGGCAGCAGAUAAAGAAGAGGCAGACCAAGAUGGUGCAAUGGAUCCGGUCACUGAAGCAGCAGAUGAAGAAGAGGCAGAAGGAGAAAUGGGUAGUAAGGAAGAUUCUGCAAUGAAUACUGUCACCGAAAUCACAGAUCAAGAAAAGGAGGACAGAUACACGGACGAGAAAGAUGAUUCUGUUAUGGAUCUGGUAAACGAAGUAACAGAUCAAGACGAGGCAAACCAAGACACCGGCGAAAAGGAAGAUGCUACAAAUGACCCGAUCAUCGAAAUAUCACAUCGAAACGAACAAGAUAUGGGGCAGUCGGAAGACUCUGGAAUGGAUCCGGUCAACGAAGUUACAGAUCAAGAAGACGUAGACCAAGAAACCGACGAGAAGGAAGUUUCUGCAGCAGACCCGAUUGGCCCUCAAGUGGAAAGUUUUUCUGCGAGUCCAACCGAAACUACAACCUCUGCUACUGUCUCGACGGGAGAAGCCGUACCAGUUUCCGAAGCAACGAAGCGCCAAAACAUGAUCGAAACCGAACUGAACGGCAUGAUCAAAGAAAUGAUGGACUCGGAAGAUUUCCAAGAGGAAGACGAAAUGGAACCCGAAUCGUAUGAGGCAAUCAUGAAAGCAGCCAAGGAAAUCUGCUACACGCGAAAGAUCUACGAUGUUUCUGCCGACAAAAUCGUCUUCUUUCCAAGCAUAACCAAAACGAUUGUCAACAUGGAUCUGUUCGAGAAAGCGGAGGAGUACUAUUAUGAUGAAGGUGACGAAUUUCCAAUGGAGUACUCGAUGGGUCUUAGGAACGUCGCUUUUGAAAAGCUCGAAGCGGAAGGGGAGGAUGAUGACGAUGAGGAAAUGGACGAUGACAUGAUGGAGCGUCUGUCAAUGGCUGUGCAACUGACGGAAGAUGAUAAGGACGAACUCCAGGAAGCGAUUGCUGCUGCCGAGGCAGCAGAUAAAGAAGAGGCAGACCAAGAUGGUGCAAUGGAUCCGGUCACUGAAGCAGCAGAUGAAGAAGAGGCAGAAGGAGAAAUGGGUAGUACGGAAGAUUCUGCAAUGAAUACUGUCACCGAAAUCACAGAUCAAGAAAAGGAGGACAGAUACACGGACGAGAAAGAUGAUUCUGUUAUGGAUCUGGUAAACGAAGUAACAGAUCAAGACGAGGCAGACCAAAGCACUGACGAGAACGAACUUUCUGCAAUCGAUGCGAUCAGCCCUAAAGAAGAGACAGACAAAGACAUCGACGAGGAUAAGGAAGAUUCUGCAAUCGAUACAGUCAAUGAAGUAUCCGAUCCAAAAGAGGCAGACAAUGACGUCGAAGAGGAUAAGGAAGAUUCUGCUAUCGAUACAGUCACCAAACCGGCAGAUCAAGAUGUAGUCCAAGACAUCGAUAAGAAGGAAGAUUGUGCAAUGGAUACGGUCACCGAAGUAAUAGAUCAAGAAGAGACAGACAAAGACAUAGAUAAUAAGGCAGAUUCGGCAAUUGAUCCGAUCAUCGGAGCAGCAUAUUCAGAAGAGGCAGACCAAGACAUCGACAAUAAAGAACUUUCCGUAAUCGAUCCGACUAGCCCUCAAUUGGAAGCAUCUUCCAAAGCACUCGCGAACAGCGAUCUUGUUGAAGCGAAGUUGACUGACGAGGGAUCUGAAGCUAAGAUUGACAAAUUGGACCGGCCACCAGACCGAUCCAUUGUGCCAGAAAGCGUUCCUGAACAAGAUUAUUUGGUAUCAAAAGCAACCACGAAGAAAAUUCUUUCUACACAUCGAGUGAUAUCAUCGGGGGCUGGAUUGAUUCUUUUUGGAAUGACAGGGUUCUACACUAUUCCAGGAAUGAUUGCAGAUGGAGCGGAAGGAUCCAAGCUGGUGAAUUCAUUUUAUUGUUCGGUAAUGUCCUUGACGACAGUUGGAUUUGGUGACAUUUGUCCAGGAGAAACGGAUGUAGUAGGAAGGAUAUUCUUGACCAUGUUGCCGUUGUUUGGAUUGGGCUUUUUCUGCGGUCCAAUCAUGGAGUUGGCAUCCUCGUGGCAGAACAUGGUACCAGGAGGGGCUCUUUCCGUAGGAACCUUGAUGUUGGUGAUGGGCGUAUCCAUGUUGACAACAAUAGAAGGAUUGUCUUACUCGGAAGCGGUCCAUCUAUGUGUAAUUACAGGGACAACGAUUGGUUAUGGUGAUUUGACUCCUCGGACGAACGCUGGUCGAUUUUUCCUGGCACUAUAUGCCAUUGCAAACUGCAACGUAAUGGGUGGAUUCUUGGGCCAGGUGAGAGAAUUGUUGGAAUCACUUUGCGCCGUGAAAGAUCCAGAUGUGCCUUCUGGAGCGUCCAAGAGAAAGACCAGCAGGCCAACGACUUCUCCUGAGGAAAUCGCGGCAUUUGACAAGGAAAAGGUAUCAUAG